GUGGCAGCGAAAUGUAAUAAAACCAUAAAAAUAAAUAACGAAAUUCAAAAGCCAGACAGAGGCGCGGAGAUUGCAUUUGCAAACUGAGGUGAUAAAGCUCUGCAAAGAGCUACAGUGCAUCCGAUUAGAGAAGAUGAAGAAGCCGAAUCGUCGAUCAAAGCAAACCAACGUCGUUUAUUCAUCACCAUCACAAUCACCAUCAGCCGUUGGUGAUAAAGUUCAUAAGCUGGAACUGGAAAACAAGACGCUAAAGAGGGAGAUUGAGGAAAUGAGGAACAAACUGGCUAACUUUUCAUCCACUCCUGAUGCCAGUGUUCAAAAGCUCAAUGAGGUGCAUCUUCAAAAGGUGACUGCCCUAGAAACGCAGGAACCUAAAAGUGAUGAGGCAGCACAAGAUAUUCAGGAUGAGAUUAAGAGGUUAAGGGCUCAGAAGGUUCAACUUCAGUGCAAGCUCAAGCUAGAGUCCGUACAGUUCAGGUUGUGUAGGUCUUCAAUGCAGAAGGAAAUUCUUCAACUAAAGAAAGAGAACAGAAGAAUUGAGUAUGAGAUGCAUCUUCUAUUAGCUAUUAACCAGAGGCAGAAGUUGGUUCUGCAGCGGAAGACCAAAGAAGCUUUCAUGGCAAUGAAACGACUAAAAGAGCUAUUAGAAUUUCGAAAGGAUUUGAAAUGCAGAACUGCUGGUGCUCGAGCUGGCAAUCAUUCUCAACAUCAGAGUAUUGAGCAUGAGCUUGACGUGACAGUACAAAUUCAGGAAGUGUGUUCUCAGUAUGAACAGGAAAUGGAAGAGAUGGCUGCUGUAAUUGAGAAACUCAAGUUAGAAGCGGAGACACUGAAGGACGAAAAUUCUAGGUGCCUAUUGGAGGAUAAUGAAGUUGACCUCAGAGUCAACGAUUCAGAGUUACGAGACCUUAAAGAAGAAGUAGCUAGACUGAGUGGUUUACUUAGCCAAAUGGCUACACCAAAUGCAGGAGUAAAUCAUCAGAAGUCUCAGGUACAUCAUGUUCAAUCUUCCGCUUCCACUGGAAGUAGUAUUGAUAUACUGGACAUGGCCGCAUCUCAAUUGGAGUCUUCUGAGGGAGUUAUAGCUGCAAAAUCAGUGUCAGGAGUGUGCUGCUCCUGUAGCAAAAAAUCUUUGUGCAAGACCUCGAAAUGUGGAUGCCGGGCUGCUGGGGGCAGUUGUGGAACUUCUUGUGGCUGUGAAGCCUCCAAGUGCAGCAAUAGGGGAACAGGGAUAAAUGAAAUUGAGAAGCACAGCGUUUUGGCUUCUCAAGAUGCAAUGUUAUUUCAAAAUACCCUUAUCGAGAAACCUCCAGAGAUGAAAAAUAAUUGUGGCCCAAGAAAGCAAGCACUGAAAGAGAUUGGGAACACACUGAUGAAACCAAUUUCUCGAAAGCCUGGACAGAGAAAGAAAGGGCAAAAACCAGUUACAGAGAAUGAUAGCGCAGAUAUGCCUUGCUCACCUUCGGAGAACACAAAAAGUCCAAGAAAAGCAGGGAAAAUUGCUGUGUAGGCCCGAUGAACUUAACAAGAACCAUGUGCCUGUGAUCUCAAAGAUUCGACGAGGGAAGCAUUCUGAAUGAAUUUGGUGUAUUAAAGGAAACUAGCUAUAAUCGAGUCUGGCAAGAGUGUUUGACGGGUGAGAGAGCUGGUAGGCAGUUAUUCUUAUUCUGUGGAACCAAAAUGCCUGCUAUUUUUCAGAUGUAUACUGCCACCUUUUACUAAAAUUUCUGGAGGAUGAUAUCUCAAGUUAAGUUUUGACAAACGUUAGAAUAUGCGUUUUGUCUCAAAUGAGUACAUUUGAAAUUGAACUUGGUGUUCAAUUUUUGGAGAAAGUAGUAUAUGCCUGAAAGUUCCAUUUGUUCAACUGAUAUGAUUUUAUUUUUAUUGAAAUAUUA